GAUCCUGUUUCCAAUCUUUUCCAAUCACGCGGCGGCGGCGGCAAUGGUACCGACGCCUCCCAAGCGUCCGGCACCGGACCAAGAACCAGGCGCCGCUGACGCAAACAAGCGACCGCGGCACAAUGCUCCCGCUUCUCCCCGGAGCAUCGCGGAGUUCGAGCUGUUCGAGGUGCUCGGCGAGGGCGCCGAAGGCGUCGUGCGCAGGGGGCGCGACCGCCGGACUGGAAAGAACGUGGCGCUCAAGUGGAUCUUCGGUGAUGGGCCCGGCGGCCACGGCCACCCCGACCGUCGCGCGCUCGCCAUGGAGGCCGGGUGCCUCCACGCGUGCCGCGGUCACCCCUCGAUCAUCGGGAUACACGAUGUCGCCGCCGACCCCAAGACCGGCGACGUCCACCUUGUGCUGGAGCUGGUCCGCGGCGGGCUAACCCUCCGCGAGUCCAUGUGGAGGCCCUUGUCGGAGGACGUGGUUCGCGAGAUGAUGCGGCAGCUAAUCAGCGCUGCCAGGAAGAUCCAUGACGCCGGGUUCAUACAUAGGGACAUGAAGCCAGAGAAUGUCCUAGUCUGCCCACUCGGCGCGCUCAAGGUUUGCGAUUUCGGAUCGGCGACGCGGCAGGAGCCCGCCGGUAAGCCGCAUGAGGCGCACCCCGUCGGGACGCUGCAGUACAACUCGCCGGAGCUGCUCGACGGCAACUGGUGCUACGGCCCGGCCGUCGACAUGUGGGGCCUUGGCUGCGUAAUGGCUGAGGUCCUGACUGCUGAGACCCUAUUCGAUCUGGAGACACGGGAGGAGAUGCUCGACGAGAUGUCCAAGCUUCGAGAUCAGAUGGCCUCUACGUCUGCGGCAGGGAAGCUUGAUCCGGAGUGCUUGGCGCAUCUGUCUGAGGCCGGGCGUGAUGUGCUAACGGGACUGCUGGCCUUCCGCCCAGAUGAGAGGCUCACGGCCGCCGAAGCACUUGAGAAACCAUGGUUCAAAAACUUCAAAUCACAUUGGAUAGGAUUGUAGUUGUUGCUCGCGCGUUUAUAGUUCGACCCAUCUUUAGAGCAGGAAUUGAUCAAUGUAAUAUUCAUUCAAAGCAAUGAAGUAUCGACUUUGUUUUAUAAAGGUCCCUUGUUAUCUAUUCCUUCCUAGCAAGGGAUGUAUAUUUACUAAUGGUUGAGGAA